UACACCACCCAUCUCGUGCCCUGUGAGUACCCCUCCACACCACCCAUCUCGUGCCCUGUGGCAGUGGCCGGGCAAGAUGGCCGCCAGGACUGCCAAACGUCUCAUCAUCGUACUGAUGAGUGUUGGCGUCUACGGCUGUCUCUCGCUCUCCCUGAACGUUGACGACGACUCCUCAGGUGUGACAGUAUCACCUGUCAGGUCCCCCCGACGGUCUCCCAGGUCCACCACCACCAGGGCGCCGGACAUCACCAUGGUGUACCCGCUCCUGAACGUCUUCCCUGGUAAUGUGCUCGUCUACUGUGUCCCCGGCGACACGCCACAACGCAUGGAGGGUCACCUUGUGCCACACUACUAUAGAAGUCCCACCAUUCAACGUGACGGGGAUGGCAGUGUACGGCUCAAGUGGGGGACGGGUGUGGAGACAACAGCCCGAGGAGUGGUGUGUAGCGCCCCUGGAGCUCCUCCUCACUACAACGUCUCCGCCCCACUCAUGAAUAAUGGAGCCUGGUACGUGCCGGAGCAGCUGAGUGUGACGGUCAGUAAGGGUGAGGACCUCCGUCUGAGGUUCACACUGCGGGACAGAACAACACCUCGUCAGGUCCUGUGGCAGAAGGAACCCGUCACUAGUGACGGAUGGCAGCCAUCUAAAUCUAACCUCACGGACGACAACCAGUUCAUCAUCCCGGCAGACAAGCUCACCGGCUCUGGCUUCUAUUCUGUUAUACCCUACACCAGCGCAAAAGCACCAGGGAGUGACAAGAAACAGUUUGGUACCUUCAGUCUGCUGGUGAGAGAGUGUCCAGCUGGUCGCUAUGGUAAAGGCUGCAAUAAGUGGUGUCCUGACUGUAUGUACGGCGGCGUCUGUCACCCCGUGACUGGCGAGUGUAUAUGUCCGCCUUACCUGUCUGGGGACCGUUGUCAGACCCGGUGCGACAACACCAUGAUGGGUCGGGACUGUACCGUGAAGCUCCCUGAGCCCUGGGGGAAGCAGGUGUGUCUCCCACACCCGCUGGGGUGUCACUGCGCCCCGGGCUACACCGGCCACACAUGCACCACAGAGUGUGGACGAGGCCGCUGGGGUGUGGAGUGUUCCCAGUCUUGCCGCCACCACUGUCAAGGUGACUGUGAGCGCCACAACGGUUACUGGUUAGUGAUUGUGUAG